GGGGAAAUCGCAUCAUGUCGAAGGUCGCGACCGAAAACAGAAGCAGCAAAAGAAGAAGAAGAAGAAGAAGAAGAAGAAGAAGAAGAAGAAGAAAGCAUAUGCGCAGAGAAUGAAGUUUCUGGAUUGGUAUUUGAAAAUAGCUGUUGGAUCUGCUCUAGUUGGAGCUUCCAUGGAACUAUUCAUGAUCAAAACCGGCUUCUAUGAUAAAGUGACUGUUCUGGAGUCAGAGAAGCAGGCUUGGGAGAGCUCCCCUGAAGCUCAGGCUAUGAGAGAAGCACUAAAUCCCUGGAGAAAACAUGAUGCAGAAGCAAGAAAAAAUUUAUAGCCUUGGCAUGGAGAUUUUGUUCCAUAAGGUUUGUUUCUUGAUGAUGGUGUUUAGUUAUAUCUUGGGACCUGAAGUUUGUAAUCCCAAUUUAUGGCCCUCCAGCAUAUUUGGCAAUUAUGCAAUUUGCUUUCAUAUGUUAUUCUUGUAAUAUUUUAUCAUGGACACAGAAUAUCAAUAUAAGUCUCGAGAGAAGACAUUGUUAACUUGAGUUUUUACUUUAUCAAUGGACUUUAUCUUUUUUGGAUCA